AUGCGGAACUCGAACCGAGCGAGGCAGGAACAUUUCAAUAACGUGUUCCCACCUUCAGAGUCUAAGAGAAACAGUGUUGAAAGAGAGAACAAGAGAGAAAAUGCACCUAAGAGAAAUGUGGCGCAGCCACACACUAAGUCCAAGGAAAGUGCGUCAUCCAACCAGAAAGACCCAUCCUCCAAGAGAAAGGGAGAACCACCUGUAAAGAACAAUGAAAACAGUGAGCAGGUGGACAGAGGCAAGAUAGGAAGAGGUUGGGACAGUGAGGACAUCAUCAUGGAUGAUGACGCCAUAGAGAGGAAGAAAGACUUAGUGAAAAAGAAGGAAACCACUCCCCAAGAUAAUUUAAGCGCUGACUGGAAAUCGCUGGCAUGUCAACAAAUCUCAGAGCUAACAGCCAAGUUCAAACUGGAGAAGGUCCCUGAGAACCCCAGGAAUUUCCACUUUUUAACGACCAUUGAUGAUGACGCCCUUACUCUUUCAUUUUACCCUUCGACUUAUUCGCCCACCAACAUGUCAGAGUCUCAAGGCUCUUCUUUCCCACCAUCCCCAUCCUAUUCUCCUGUCCAGUGGGAAUAUCUCCCCACUAGACAGGACGGCCACAUCGUCACACCGGCGCCACAUGUAGUUCCACUCAGACUUUCAAACUCCCUCGAUGAAUUGGACUCUGACACCUUCCCAAGCCUUGGAAACGCCCAGAGGAGGGAAGGGUGUGUGUUUGAGGAGGAAGAAGAUGAGUUGGAAAGUGAAGGAGAGAAUGAGAAUGUGGCGGGUGAGUCAUUCUUCUCAUUUUUUGUCAAAACAUAUCCGUUUAACGAGUUUGCCAUGGAUAUUGAUCCAGGCACAAGCUUUUUUCAACCCAACGGCCUCUUAAAUCCUACAUCUACGCCCACCCAAAAUGGUACUCCGUCGCAUUCGUUCUCUCCCAUUGCUCCGCCUUAUGAGAAUGUCCCUCUAGCUAAACUGGUCCCUCUAUCUAUUGAACCUUCUAUGAAUGGAACCCCGCCGGAUGCUCUCUCUCCUGUCGCCCUCCCUGUUGAGAACACCACUCAUGCUAAACCAUUCUCUGCUGCGCCUGGUCAGAAUGUUAAACCGUCUUCAACCUCUACCACUAUGUCAUCUUCUCAGAACGGUACUUCAUCUGACGCGUCUUCAGCCGCCAUUUUUUCUAACAAAGCCAUCACUCUAGUCAAUCUGUUCUCUUCCUCAACCAUGAACAUACAAAAUGGUACCUUGCCUAACACGUCCUCUCCUGUUUCAACUAUGAAGGACGCCAAAAUAUCCAUGACGCCCAGCACCUUCUCUACCACGACUAUGGAUGCCAUGGAGAAAGAAACUCACCCGACUUCAGUCAGCGCGCUGUAUCCUUCUGUUAGGUCCAAUGAGGACACUUCUAUGUCCAAUUCGUCUAACACGUCUCCUCCUCCUAACUUGUGCAAUGGGGACGCUGCUAUGUAUACUUCGUCUAGUGUGUUCUCUGCUCCUACCGUGCUUAAUGAGAACACUGCUCAACCUCCUUUGCCUAACACACUCUCUCCUGCUGGUAUGAAUAUGGAAAACACCACCCAGGCCACUUCGCCUAAUGCAUCCUCUCCUGCUAUAAGCAUGGGAGAGACCACUUUACCUGCAUUGUCUAGUGCCUCCUCCCCUUUUACCGGGACUCAUGAGAAUGGUACUCAAUCUGCUUUGUCUAACAUGUUGUCUCUUGCUGUAUUGCCUGAAAGGGAGGCCUUUCUGUCUGUUAUGCCUAGCACAUUCUCUCCUGCCGUCAUGAACAAUGAAAAUACUGUUUUCUCUACUCUGUCUAACACCUUCUCUCCUCCUACUGUCAUGACCCAUGAGAUCACUACUCAUCGACCUUCGUCUAAUGCAUCUCCUCCUGCUGCCCCACCUAUUGAGAAAGAAAACGCUAUGCAGCAUAUUUCAGCUAAUGCGUUCUCCUCUCCUCCCAUAUCAUCUAACACGUUCUCCUCUAUUAUAUCUACCCAUAAUGUGACUCUUUUCUCCUUUAACACUGCCGUUUCACCCAAAUUGCCAAUGCCCACUGUGCUACAUGGAGAGAAUCACUAUGAGGAAAGUGCUGAAAGGUCCUCUAUCAAUGACGAUGUCUCUAACACACAGGGAGCUGGUGAGCAUUCGCAAGUCACGAACUUUUAUGAAGCACUUAGUCAAAUUCUCGAACAAGCAGGAUAUAGCCUACAUGAUAUGCCGGACGACUAUGGCAAUAUUAACAUGAGUGACGACCCUGCAAGUGUACAGGUAGAGUCAUUCCCACUCGUGGACUCGUCCACUUCGUUUUCCGGUACUGAUGAACACAAAUCUAUUCCUGUGACUUUGCUUGACCAGCUUAUCUCAGUUGAUUGGGACAUCGAAGCCUACCAGAACGACGAUUACCCAGGGGCACCAAGUGCUUACUGCGAGGCUCGAAGGUUUAAUGCCUAUAUUGCUAUUGCCCGUUUUCAUGGGGAAGAUGAUUUCGCAUCAAAGCUCAAAGAUACUCUAUUGAUGCCUUUCCUGGAUGAGGACAUUAUCAGAGCCAUGGCUGAAUGUGACCUUCUUGACACGGGAUCCACGGAGCAGAUUAUUCAGUUUGCUCGAGACCGUGAUAAGGUGCUUAAUGUCAAAUGCACAUCACUCGUCAUUAUUUCUACUUCGCCCUUUCGGACGGAAUACCUCAAUGGUCCGUCAUCUCUUCCUUCAUUCUGGUUUAAAUUAUCCGGUAUUGAUGAAGAGGAAGAGAAUUUUAAAGGAUCUGAGAAAUGCACGAGACCCUCAAGCAAAGUUGUUCGAAAGUUCUUCCUCUAG